AUGUAUUCAGGAGUGGAUGGACGCGAAAUGGAGGUGCAAAUCUUCUUUGGUAUUGUCUACUAUCAAAGACUUCGGCAUAUGAUCGCGGAUAAGUUCCAAGUGAGGUCAACUGGCGCAGUCGAUCCGGUGACGAAUCAGCCGGUGCAGGGACGUAAACGAGGCGGUGGUAUUCGUUUCGGUGAGAUGGAACGUGAUGCGUUGAUUGCGCACGGGGCU